AUGCCGGUCCCAGUCAUUGUGGUGGCCGGCACGGCCAGCGGGGUGGGCAAGACCUCGGUGGCCACGGGCCUCAUGGCAGCCCUGAGGGCCAAGGGGCUGCGUGUGCAGGCCUUCAAAGUCGGUCCAGAUUUCCUGGACCCCAUGUACCACGAGCUGGCCACGGGGUCCCCCUCUUUAAACCUGGACGGGUGGAUGCUGACGCGCGAGGCGGUGUGCGCCACCUUCGCCCGCGGCGCCGCGCGCGCCGAUAUCGCGGUGGUGGAGGGUGUGAUGGGCCUCUUCGACGGCCUGGACGGCGCCACCGAGGCCGGCUCCACUGCGCAGUUGGCCAAGUGGCUGCGCGCGCCCGUCCUCCUGGUCCUGGACUGCUCCGCCGCCGCGCGGUCGCUGGCCGCCACCGUCCGCGGCUUCCGCGACUUUGACCCCGGUGUCGACCUGGCCGGCCUGGUGCUCAACCGCGUGGCCGGUGCCGCGCACGCGCGCUGGCUGCGCGAUGCGCUGGCCGCCGGCGGCCUGGCCGAGCUGGCGGUGCUGGGGGGGCUGCCCAGCGUGCCCAGCGUGGCGCUCCCCGAGCGCAACCUGGGCCUGCAGGUGCCGGGGGAGGACCCGGGCGGCGCGGCCGCGGCGGUGGAGGCGCUGGGCGCGCUCAUGGCCUCCCAUCUCGACCUGGAUGCGCUGGUGGAUCUGGCGGCACGGGCGGGGUCCGGGAAGGACGGCCCGGCGCGCGCGCUCAUCGGCCCGCCGCCCGCCCCCCCGCUCCCCUACCGCCUGUCGGAGGAGGAGCGGGAGGCGCCGGUGCGAAUCGCCGUGGCGCGGGACGAGGCCUUCUGCUUCUACUACCACGAGAACCUGGCGCUGCUGGAGGCGGCGGGGGCGGAGCUGGUCUACUUUUCGGCCCUGCACGAGCCCCUGCCAGGGGGAGUGGCGGGAGUCUACCUGGGCGGCGGCUACCCUGAGCUGCACGCCCAGGAGCUGUCCAAGAACACGGCCCUGCGCGCCGGGCUCAAGGCGUUCAGCGCGGCUGGCGGUGUAAUCUACGCCGAGUGCGGGGGGCUCAUCUUCCUCUCGCGGGCGGUGCAGCCUGAGGAACACGGCGGUGACUUUCCCAUGGUGGGCGUGUUUGGGUUCAAGACGGUGCUCACCCACCGCAUGACCAUGGGGUACGUGGAGGUGGAAACAACAAAGAACAGCGUGCUGAUGGCGCCGGGGCGCACCGCGCGGGGGCAGGUCUUCCACUACACCGAGAUCGUCGAGGAGCAUGUGGUUGCCAGUGUCGCCCAGCACAAGGGCGACGCCGGGGCGGCCUGGGUGUCCACUUACACCGCACGCCCCCAGUUCCCCGGCGCCGAGGAGGUGGUGGAGGGGUUUAGCGGCUCCAUGUAUGGCGUGCGCUCCUCCAACGACCUGAUGGGCAUGGGGGAUGACAGGCGGCAGAUGUCGUACGAGAUCCCUGCGGGCAUGAUGCCGCAUGUGGGCCACUCUGAUUUGGCAGAAGGCCGCGCGGCAUCCAUCACGCCGCCGCCCGUGGGGCGCACCAUCACGAUAUAUCCCGCCGCCGGCAUCCCGCGCGCGGCCAGCUCGACGGGCUUGGACCACAACGAGUGCUUCGCGGGGCAGACGCCGCCCACGCUGUCCCCGCGCGAUCCCGGCUCCAUGGCCGGCGGCUUGUCCGAGGCCGGCGGCGCGCUGACCUGGCAGCCCAACGACCGCAUCGUCAGCCUGGGUCCGGGGGCCAGCGAGGUACUGUGGGCGCUGGGCCUGGGCGCGCGCGUGGUGGCCGUCGAUGCCGCCCCGGCCCCAACCCUCGCAGCGCGCCUGUCGCUGUACGUGGACGAGCGCAUGCUGGCGCGGGAGCGCCCCGGGCUGGUGGUGGUGGAGGACGAGGGCGACGCGGCCGAGGCGCUGUGCGACGCGCUGGUGGCGGUGGGCCUGCAGGCCGGCACGGCCGUGGUGUGCCUGCGCCGGCGCUGCCUGGCCGACGUGCUGGAGGCCAUGCUGGAGGUGGGCGCCGCGGCGGGCGUGGCCGAGGAGGCCGCGCGCGUCGUCGACCGCCUGCGGGCGCGCCUGCGCUCCGCGGCGAGCCUGCGCGCGCCUCUGCGAGCGCUAGCACUGCCCGCAGCGGGGCCCUGGAUCCCGGAGAUGGCCGCGCUGGUGGGCGGGGCCAGCGCCGCGCAGCACGCAGACGGCGCGCGCGCGCUGUCGGCGGCCGAGCUGGCGGCUGGCGCACCGGGAAUCCUCGUCGUGCUGCAUGGGCCGGGGGCGGGCGGGCUGCAGGCCGCGCUGGCCGGCCUGGCCGAGGCCGCAGGCAGCGGCGCCUGGUGGCAGCUCCCCGCCGCGCGCGCGGGGGAGGUGUACCUGGCCCCUGCCCCGCUCUUCUCGCGCCCGGGGCCGCGCCUGGCCGAUGGUGUGGCGCUGCUGGCGCGGGCGCUGCACGGCGGCGCUGCGCCGCCCCUACCCACGCCCGUGCUUAAGCUGGCGCUGCGCCCGGGGCAGCGCUGCCGCCCGCCCCUCCUCUCCAACUACUUCCUGCCCUGGAGCUGA